CCCGCCUCCGCGGCGCAGGUUGGGGUGAGAGGCGAUCGCGGCCGGAGCGGCACCGGGAGCGGCACCGGAGCGGGAGCACCAUGAUGGCCAACGCGGCCACCAUGCGGAUCCUCAUCAAGGGCGGCAAGGUGGUCAACGACGACUGCACGCUGGAGGCCGACGUGUACAUCGAGAACGGCAUCAUCCAGCAGGUGGGCCGCGAGCUCAUGAUCCCCGGCGGCGCCAAGGUCAUCGACGCCACCGGCAAGCUCGUCAUCCCAGGCGGCAUCGACACCAGCACGCACUUCCACCAGACCUUCAUGAACGCCACCUGCGUCGAUGACUUCUACCACGGCACCAAGGCUGCGCUGGUGGGGGGCACGACCAUGAUCAUCGGGCACGUCCUGCCCGACAAGGAGACGUCGCUGCUGGACGCCUACGAGAAGUGCCGCAGCCUGGCCGACCCCAAGGUGUGCUGCGACUACGCCCUGCACAUGGGCAUCACCUGGUGGGCGCCCAAGGUGAAGGCAGAGAUGGAGACGCUGGUGCGGGAGAAGGGCGUGAACUCCUUCCAGAUGUUCAUGGCCUACAAGGAGCUGUACAUGCUGCGGGACAGCGAGCUGUACCAGGUGCUGCGCGCCUGCCGCGACAUCGGCGCCAUCGCCCGCGUGCACGCCGAGAACGGCGAGCUGGUGGCCGAGGGAGCCAAGGAAGCGCUGGACCUGGGCAUUACGGGGCCGGAGGGCAUCGAGAUCAGCCGGCCUGAGGAGCUGGAGGCCGAGGCCACGCACCGUGUCAUCACCAUCGCCAACCGGACCCACUGCCCCGUGUACCUGGUGAACGUGUCCAGCAUGUCCGCGGGGGACGUCAUCGCCGCUGCCAAGAUGCAGGAUCCCCGCACAGCCGUGUCACACACAGGUCUUCCCCCAGGGAUGGUUGCACACAGAGACACACCCCGGAGAGCACACCACCGGUCGUACUACCACCAGGACUGGUUCCACGCCGCACACCGGGGCACACCGGCGCCACCCCCCAGCCUGCUGUGCCCCCACAGUGACACGUUGAACAUCGUGGCCUCGGACCACCGGCCCUUCAGCACCAAGCAGAAGGCCAUGGGCAAGGAGGACUUCACCAAGAUCCCCCACGGCGUCAGCGGGGUGCAGGACCGCAUGAACAUCAUCUGGGAGCGUGGCGUGGUGGGGGGCAAGAUGGACGAGAACCGCUUCGUGGCCGUGACCAGCUCCAACGCCGCCAAGCUCCACAACCUGUACCCGCGCAAGGGCCGGAUCAUCCCCGGCGCCGACGCCGACGUCGUGGUCUGGGACCCCGAGGCCACCAAGACGGUGUCUGCCAGCACGCAGGUGCAGGGCGGGGACAUCAACCUGUACGAGAACAUGCGGUGCCACGGCGUGCCCCUGGUCACCAUCAGCCGCGGGCGCGUGGUCUACGAGAACGGCGUCUUCAUGUGCGCCGAGGGCACGGGCAAGUUCUGCCCGCUGCGCUCCUUCCCCGACGUGGCCUACAAGAAACUGGUGCAGCGCGAGAAGGUACUUGAACUCACGCUGUGGACCCGGCACCCGUACCUGGGGGACGUGGCCGUGGUCGUGCAUGCCGGCAAAAGACACCCCGGGACGCCGCUGCCCCGUACCCCCACCCGGCCCGGCCACCGCGGCACGCCCGAACCCCGGGACCUGCACCCCACCCCCGGUACCCUUGCUGGUUCUCAGAUCGAUGACCACGUUCCAAAACGAGCCUCGGCCCGGAUUCUCGCUCCCCCCGGGGGCCGGUCGAGCGGCAUCUGGUAGAGCCGGGGACGUGUCCCCCAAGUGAGCACCGGGCGCCGCCGCCAGCGCCGCCGGGCCCGGCUCCGGUGCGGCGGGGCUG